AUGUCUAGCACUACCUUUCAUAUUAGACCAGCGGAGGAGAAGGACAUUCCAAUCAUUUUACAAUUAAUCAAGGAUCUUGCAACUUACGAAAAGGAGCCGGAGUCCGCUAAGGCAACCCCCGAGCUCUUACGGGAAAACAUCUUCGAAAAGAAAUAUGCGCACACGUUGCUCGCAUUCACGGACACCGCGUCCUCACCCGGGGAUGCAAUGGGGUUCGCGCUGUACUUCUUCAACUUCUCAACCUGGACCGGAAAGCCAGGAAUAUACCUCGAAGACCUUUUCGUGAAACCCGAAUACCGCGGCACGGGCGUUGGGAAAGCCCUCUUCGGUGAGCUCGGCCUCAUCGCAGAGGAAAAGGGCUGUGCCCGCAUCGACUGGGUGGUCUUGAACUGGAACCAGCCGUCGAUCGACUUUUACGAGAAGAAGCUGGGGGCGAAGGCGAUGUCCGAGUGGAUGGGCAUGCGGCUCGAGGCGCAGGGCAUCCAGAACCUCAAGUCGCUCGCGCUCAAGCGCGAGUGA